CAUCUUGCCUCUUAUCGACCCUCACAAUCCCACUCUCCUUUCACGCCUCGACCCCUUCUGUCUUUCUGUCUCUCCUCUCUCUCUCUCUUUUCUCAGUGCCCGGGACUUGUUUGCCCAUCGUAGCAUUGACAGUGCUUCCUGGCGAAGCACAUCUUUGCACCUCUUGACUUUGCUUGCGGACUGGGUCUUCAUAAAGGUCCCCCUCGUACACCAACAACUAUCAUUUACACGGACACGAUGCAGCUUCUACUUCUGUGUAUGACAGCGUUGCUGCUGUUGACGAGCGCCAACGGGCUUGACGCUCGCACAAAGAACGCAGCAAAAUCAAACUCGUACACACCGCCUCCGCCGCCCCAGGGUGGUCGUAUCGUCAGCUUCAGGCCCAGCAAACAGACGAAAGCCAGCGUGCCAGUCUUUGCAAAUAGCCUCUUCAAGACCAAGGGCACCAGCAAUGCUAAACGCGGUGUCAUUGGUCUGACGGGCAAGGGGCGCGAUGGCUCGCAGACAUUUCCGGACAUUUACCAAGUGGUGGCCGACCACCACGCUCUAGCCGUUCCCAACUUCUACGAAGCACGCGACCGAGGACAGUCCACAACGGACGGUGUUCAUGCUAGCUACUUGAAUGCCACUCGUGACAUGGUAUGGCCCGAGAAAAGUGUCGGUUCUUGGGUCACAGGCGAGGACGCCGCCGAAGGAGGUCUCGGCAACGACUACGAUCUCGCCGGUGCCCAGAUCUCAUCUUACGAUGUCAUCGACCAACUGGUGCGCCUCUACUCGGACAAGUCCAUUUACCCCAAUAUGCAAGAUAUUGUUGUUGCCGGUCAUUCCGCGGGCGGCAAGACGACCGUAAGCUACUCUUAUAUUUCUGACGAAACACCCGAAGGUAUCAGAGUUCGCUACGUCCACCUCAAUUCUCCUUCGAGCAUUUUCAGCGAGAGUCACCGGCCGCUGUCGACAUCCUCGUGUUCGUCCUAUCAGUCUUGGCCUUAUGGACCUCAGGGCCAGCAACCUCGCUACGUUUCGAGUCGACUUCAGGCCGCCACUUUCGCGCGUUGGGUCUCGAGAGACGUCGUUCGUGUAACGGGCAACGCCGACACACAGACGCAGGGCGACGACUCUGACUGUGGCGCGACCGUUCAGGGUGGUCGCGAUCGCUUAUCCCGGAACUACGGGGCCUGGGUAUAUGAGAACAUGCUCGCAGGCACAAAGACGGACUUGUCCGAAUUCAAAGCUUACAAGCAGCUGCAAAAGUCCGGCUUGAAGAGUCAAAAUGUUGGGGUCUUCAACAAGCGCCUCGCCAUCGUUGACGGCGUCGGGCAUGAUUCGACAAAGAUGUUUGCUUCAAGAAUCGGGAGGCAGUCAAUCCUUGAUGAUCACAUUGACCAGGGUCCGCUUCCUACCAAGCAGUGACUUAGAGCCUGGGUUUCGGCAUACUAUCCCUCCUUUGCGCAGCGAUUUCUCGACCUUGUUCUAUUCUUUCCCUCUUCUUCUUUUCGCCUUCUCUCUCUUUGCCCUUGGCAUCUCUGUACCUUGCGUUUUCUAUCGUGUAAUGGAUUGUGAUCCCCC